AUGGCUCUCAUCGAUCUGCCAGCUGAGUUGAUCAGUCACAUCUUCACUUACUUGAGAGACGAAGAUGUCUUUUCAGCACGCCUUAGCAGUCGCACGUUGGACAAGGCCAGUUUCGACUACUUCGGACGCCACUUCUUCCGCAAGAAAGGCUUCAUGAUCACAACUCCAAGUCUAACAGUUCUGGAAGAAAUUGCCAACCACAAAGAAUUGAGCAAAUUUGUUCAACAUGUCUGGAUCAAUCCCGAUUGUUUCACUCUCACGGACUUUCGCUAUGAAUGGUCAGAGGACGGUGGGCGCAGCCAGAACGACGGUGGGGACGACCCUGAAGAUGCGGACUCUUUCACGGAUGCUCAAACCGCAGCUGCGGUAAAUCGCGAACUGCCUCAAAAGACCAACGAGCAAAUCGAAGCGUAUCUCGAAUGUACAGCGGAUUACAUGGAGGUUCUGAACGACAAUUAUGACGGACGGCCGACUCCGCUGGAAGCCCGCCUCACGACCGCGUUUGCGAAACUGCCGAACUUAACAACCAUCGGCAUGAGACGCUCUGAAAACCACUCUCCAUAUGGGUGGUCUGCUCUCCAAAAAUCAGUCGGUUCCGACCCAAGGCAACUAGGUCCCCUCCUUCCGGUUCCUUCUCCCAACCUCUCCCCUUCGUCAACACUUUUCAUCGCCCUUCUGUCAGCCGUUGCGCAAACUGGUGUUCAAAUUAGAAGGCUCUAUACCGACGUGAUAGAGCUGGAUAACAUGAAUUCUGGGCAAUUCCCUCGGUCGAAGCUCAAAGCCGCCUGCUCGUCAAUGCUCUACCUCGAGCUCAACAUCAUCCGAGGACUACUCGAGCCAACGCUCAAGCCCACAAAUCUUACUCCACGUCUCCUAGACGACCCAUCCAACAGCGAAUUCGGCGAAAACCUCGUCACCCUCCUCAAAUCCAUGCCCAACCUCAAAGAAAUAGGCCUCCAAACCCUCCGCGCCAGAUCCCUCGGCCACUCCUCCAUCGACGCGAUCAACCCCGAGAAAAGCUACCCCUACAUAGCCUUCAACCGCCUCGCAACGGAAGCCCCCCUCCCACAUCUAACCCGCAUCAAACUCGAGAAAAUCACAACCACCUCCUUCACCCUCCAAACGUUCCUCCAACCUUGCGCCCAACGCCUCACAAGCCUCAAACUCCGCGACAUCUCCCUCCAAUCCACCCCUUCAUCCCCAGGCCCCUGGCGCGAGCUCUUCGACUUCCUCCUCGCACACUGCCCGCGGCUCGAAUACAUCCUGUUCUACCAUCUCAUGCAUGACGCAGGUGGUGUGUCAUUCGUCGAAGCGGAGCCGGAAGCCAGAAACGGAGAGACUGCGGAUGAAGGUGAGGAAUAUGUGGUCGGUCAAGCGGUGUUUGAGAAGUAUAGCCAUAUCACGUUGGAAGUGAAAGGCAGGGAGGCGGUGAGGGAGAAGCUCGAGGAGGUGAGGGAGAGGCAUUGGUAUCAUCGGCCGUUGUUUAGUUAUGCGAUGGAUGAGGAGCUGUGGCAUACGGAUACUAGUGAUGAAGAGUGGUAG